AUGUCGAUACUCAACAGUUUUGGCCAUCGAUUUGAUCUAUAUCGUCAUUUUUGUCCAAUUGGUGUAUGCUUUAUUUCAACUGAUGAAUCUGUCGAAACGUUUAAAACAUUAUUUCGUGGAAUUCAAGUUAGUAUAAAGCUGGGAGUAUUCAGAAAUAACAAUGCUCUAUACAAAGCGGAGCAACUUUCUUAUGUGAUGGCUGAUGGUGCUCCACAUGUGACAAGUGCCAUGCUAGAAUUACCAUCAGCACGACGACUGUGUUGGGCACAUGUUAUACGAAAACGUUGA